AAAAAGCUUUUGAAAACAAAAAGAAGAAAGGGUGGAAGAGGAGGCCAGGACCCAGGCCUCCAUCCCCACAGGAGCGAAGCUGCACCUGGGAGGUCUCCUCCCACUCCAACUCUCACCCUGGGGCCCGACUGCCCACCUCCUCCUCCUCCUCCUCCCCCCAACGGCCCUUCCUCCUCCUCUUCCUCCUGCUCCUCCUCCUCUUCUUCUUCUUCCUCCUCGCGCAGCGGCCAAAGAGGCCAGUACAUCCCCAACCUGGCCGAACGAAGGCGGGACGAUCUCUCUGAAGAGAUCAACAACCUCAGAGAGAAGGUCAUGAAGCAGUCAGAGGAGAACAACAACCUGCAGAACCAGGUGCAGAAACUCACGGAGGAGAACACCUCCCUCCGUGAGCAAGUGGAGCCCGCCCCUCAGGAUGAGGAGGAUGACCUCGAGCUCCGAGGUGCUGCAGCGGCCGCUGCCCCGCCCACUCCCAUAGAGGAAGAGUGCCCAGAUGACCUUCCCGAGAAGUUUGACGGCAACCCAGACAUGCUGGUUCCUUUCAUGGCCCAGUGCCAGCUCUUCAUGGAAAAGAGCACUCGAGAUUUCUCAGUCGAUCGCGUCCGCGUCUGCUUCGUGACCAGCAUGAUGACCGGCCGUGCCGCCCGCUGGGCCUCUGCGAAGCUGGAGCGAUCCCACUACCUGAUGCACAACUACCCAGCCUUCAUGACCGAGAUGAAGCACGUCUUUGAAGACCCUCAGAGGCGGGAGGCUGCCAAACGCAAGAUCAGACGUCUGCGCCAAGGCAUGGGGUCAGUCAUCGACUAUUCCAACGCCUUCCAGAUGAUUGCCCAGGACCUGGAUUGGAAUGAGCCCGCCCUGAUUGACCAGUACCACGAGGGCCUCAGCGACCACAUCCAGGCGGAGCUGUCGCGCCUUGAAGUGGCCAAGUCGCUGUCCGCACUGAUAGGCCAGUGCAUCCACAUCGAGAGGAGGCUGGCCAGAGCGGCCGCGGCGCGCAAGCCUCGCUCCCCGCCGCGCGCGCUCGUUCUGCCGCACAUCACCAGCCACCACCAGGUAGAUCCCACCGAGCCUGUGGGAGGUGCCCGCAUGCGCCUGACCCAGGAAGAAAAGGAACGACGCAGAAAGCUGAACCUUUGCCUCUACUGUGGGAAUGGAGGUCACUACGCCGACAGCUGUCCUGCCAAGGCCUCAAAGGCUUCGCGCGGGAAACUCCCCGGCCCCGCUGUAGAGGGACCUUCAGCGACCGGGCCAGAAUUAAUAAGGUCCCCACAAGAUGAUGCUUCAUCUCCACACUUGCAAGUGAUGCUCCAGAUUCAUCUCCCGGGCAGACACACCCUGUUCGUCCGAGCCAUGAUCGAUUCUGGUGCUUCUGGCAACUUCAUCGAUCACGAGUACGUUGCCCAAAAUGGGAUUCCUCUGAGAGUCAAGGACUGGCCGAUACUUGUGGAAGCAAUUGACGGACGUCCCAUAGCAUCGGGCCCCGUUGUCCACGAAACGCAUGACCUGAUCGUUGACCUGGGAGAUCACCGCGAGGUGCUGUCAUUCGACGUGACUCAGUCUCCGUUCUUCCCCGUUGUCCUCGGGGUGCGCUGGCUGAGCACACACGACCCCAACAUCACGUGGAGCACCCGAUCUAUCGUCUUUGAUUCUGAAUAUUGCCGAUACCACUGCCGGAUGUACUCUCCGAUACCGCCGUCGCUCCCCCCACCAGCGCAGCCGUCCUUCUACUACCCGGUGGAUGGAUACAGAGUUUACCAACCAGUGAGGUACUACUAUGUCCAGAACGUGUACACUCCGGUGGAUGAAAACGUCUACCCAGAUCACCGCCUGGUUGACCCGACCAUAGAGAUGAUCCCUGGAGCACACAGUAUCCCCAGCGGACACGUGUACUCGCUGUCCGAGCCUGAAAUGGCAGCUCUGCGAGAUUUCGUGGCCAGAAACGUGAAAGAUGGGCUGAUCACCCCAACGAUCGCCCCCAACGGAGCCCAAGUUCUCCAGGUGAAAAGGGGGUGGAAACUGCAAGUUUCCUACGACUGCCGAGCUCCCAACAACUUCACCAUCCAGAAUCAGUAUCCUCGACUCUCUAUUCCAAAUUUGGAUGACCAGGCUCACCUGGCGACGUAUACUGAAUACGUACCUCAGAUACCUGGAUACCAAACGUACCCCACCUAUGCCACGUACCCGACCUACCCGGUAGGAUUCGCCUGGUACCCGGUGGGGCGAGACGGACACGGGCGAUCGCUCUAUGUCCCCGUGAUGAUCACCUGGAAUCCGCAUUGGUACCGCCAGCCUCCGGUACCCCAGUAUCCGCCGCCGCAGCCGCCGCCGCCGCCGCCGCCUCCGCCGCCGCCGCCGUCUUACAGCACCAUGUAA